AUGGAAAAAGAGAACAAGAAAAUACGCGAGGAUGCGAUUCAAGAAUACAACGAGGCCGUCCGUUCUCUUGUUGCGUUUGUGCGGAAACGCGAUCCGCGAGUACAAAAUAACCAAAAGUCCGAAGCUGAGCGGCAAAGAGCACUUCGAGAAGCCACUGCGGCGCAGGCGGCACGAUCCAAGGCGGCGAGAUUGGCAAAAAUGGAAGAGAUGGACACAGCUGAAAUACCAGAAUGGGCAAGAUCAAGACCUUCUCAUGAUGAACAUGAAGGAGGCUUUUCCAGCGAAUCUGAAGUGGAGGAACAUGCAUAUGAAUGUGUGGUUUGCGAUAAAACAUUCAAGAGUGAGGCGCAAUUCAAGUCACAUGAAAAGAGCAAAAAGCAUGUUAAAAUGUUGAAACAAUUGCAGAGAGAGAUGCGUGCUGAAGGUAGGGCUCUAGAUUUGGAGGUUGAGAACACAGCCCCGGAAGGCGAAGAGGAAGGAGAGCCACAUCCAGCACAUACCCCUAAUGAGCACGCCCACCCGAGCCUUGAUGGCCAGGAUGUUUCAGAUGAUGCUGUGGACAAGCCGGAUAUUGACACAGCGGUGGACGCAAAAGGUGCUUCGGGAGGGUCUGAAGCGAUCGAGGAUGACUCUGACGACGAUUACGCUGCUCGAUCUGAUGUUGAACAGCGGAUAUUAGGGGGGCCAGCCAAUGUGAUGUCUUCUAAGGUCGGAGACAUCAGCUUGGAAGAUACACCAGAGACAUCAGAGCCGGAGACAGCUCAACAACAACCGAAGUUGGGGAAGGCCAAGCAGAAGAAGGCCAGGAAAGCGGCACAGAAAGCAGCAGAACAACAGUCGGACAAGGUCGGAUCUGUGUUGCAAUGCGCGGUGUGUCAGGCUGAAUUUCCUUCGAAGAACAAGUUGUUUGAUCAUAUCAAGGAGGAAAAGCAUGCGGCUUACAAGACGGAGGUGAACUCGGUCAAGGGGUCAAAGAGCGGUAAAGGGAAAAAGAGAUAG